GUUGGUGGCAUUUUUUACUUGUUAAUUCUCAUUAAAUUUUGUUGUUAUUAACUUAUACAAAUUAUGUUGAUUUUUUAAUGUCAAUGUAACACUACUAUUCGCACUAAUAUUGGCUAAAGUUGUUGAUGUUAUAUAUGUUUAAGAGGUACCUACUACAUGUCUAAAAUGUGAUUUUUGGUACCAUCGAGCAAUAAAUUAUCGUUUGUUAAAACAAUAUUAUACUUCCUAUUGUUUAUGUUUACCGAAUCAUAAAUCUAUACUCCUUAUCUCGUCGUCGUUGCAUUUGUUUCAUGCGGUGGUGUGACUAAACGUUCAUAAUAGGUAUUGAGGGGGACACAGACUAUAUGACAUUUUUUUUUUAUUAAGUCUGUGGCGAGGACGUCGCUAGAAAAAUGAACGUAUUCUACGUGGUCGUUUUGACAUCCGCCACGGUACUGUCGUACCGGGUCGUUUCAGCGGGUACGAAAUUGGGUGAAUUGUGCUCGUCGUCAACGCCUCAAAACAAAUGCUUGAGUGCCAAUAAGACCGAUGGGUAUCGAGUGGCUUGCAGUGGCGGUUUUCGAGAGGAUUACUCAAUCGAAGAUUAUUUUUUAUUUCAAAUGCUUACGCUCUGUCAUUGGCCGUUGGACCACUUCGAUCCAAUUAUGUCACUGCGUCCUUAUCCAAAACUCGUGAAGUUGACGAUAACCAAAAGCAAAAUCAAAGAGAUUGUUGGUGAGUUUCCAGAGUUCUUGCACAACUUAAAGACUUUAAAUUUAUCCCAUUUAAACCUUGAGCGUGUUAAGUAUAGUACAUUUAAGUACUUAACGUCUUUGGAAGUCUUAGAUUUGAGUUACAAUAAACUCAAUCACUUAUACUCACCUACAACGGAAUACUUACCGAAAUUGAAACAACUUUGGUUAGCCGGAGAGUCUUGGUUUUGUAAAAGUGAUUUAUUUUGGUUACUCCAACUCCACGUAUCAAAAGAUCCAUUGAGUUUCAAAGUGAUGGAUUUCAACCGCAUGACUUGUGGAGGAUACAAAUAUAUUGGAAAACCCGUGAUCCCUGUAUUGCGGUUAUUAAGUGAUUUGGAGAAAGAGUGUCCUAGCAGUCCUCCUGACUAUUGCGUCUGUACGUUGGAUAACGUAGUGCGUGGUAGGGGCGUAUCGUUUUACUUACAUCCAGUGAUAACAGUCGACUGCAGUUAUAGAGACUUGAAAAUGUUACCGAAAAUACUUCCACACAAUACCACAACACUAUUAGUCCAAGGCAAUCAGAUAUCCACAUUGGACGAUUUGCUUACCAAUCGCUAUUACACAAAACUUUUGGACAUUCAUUUGGACUACAAUCGGAUUAGUUCAAUAAGCAUAUUAGAAGGAUCACAUUGGUUGUCACACUGCAGAGUUAUGAGUUUUAAAGGAAACAAUUUGACUAGUGUACCAACCUAUGCAUUAGAUAAUGCGUUCCAGCGAAAUCGUAACAUUGUUCAAUUAUAUUUAGGUGCUAAUCCUUGGCGUUGCAAUUGUUUGUUCGCUCCAGCUUUCCAGGACUUUUUAGUUAAAUAUAAAUCUCUGAUAAUGGAUUUAUCAGAUAUAAAGUGUUCAUAUCAGCAAAAUGAUGAAUAUUACUUAACUCCAAUUCACGAUCUUCCCCGGAAUACAUUAUGCAGAAAUUCCGCGACGGACAUGGUGAAUUUUUGGGACAGUUUGAAUGUAUUGUUGGCUAGUUUGAUAGUGGUUAUCGUUUUAAAGUUUAUUUACGAUUAUAUUAUGUAUAAAAAAUAUGGAAGAUUACCUAGGAUUAUCACAUUAUUACCUUAAACUCGUAUAUAAUUUUUAAAGUAUAUGAUUUAAUAAUUUUCAUGUAACGUUCUUAUAUGUGUUUUAUUUACUGUAUUUUAAUAAACAUAUUUGUUUGUUAAAAACGCCUCCAAAUCUUAAAAUACACUACGCAAACGAUUUACACAUAAAUUAGUAGGUAUAAGUAUAAAAAAUAUGCUGUGAUUGGUCACAAAACAUUAAUUAAUAUUUUCCAUUUGGAUUGAGUUUGAAUUCUGAUGACAACGAUAUAUUGUUUUUUUUUUUUUUUUACAAAAUAAAUUUAUUAAUAAUUUGUUCUUGAAUGUUGUUGAUGAAAAAAAUAUACAUCAUUAAAAGUGUGUGCAUUUUUUUUGUUUUGUUUUUAAUUAACAUUUUUAUUUGCUACACUUUCUGCUGUUCCACAUACUCGUCAGCAUAAACGAGACCCGAUGUUUAAUUUGUAAAAAAAAUUCAAAUAUUAUUAAUGUCUAGUCAACAUAAAAAAGAGGGCUUUGCUCUGUUUCUACAUACAAAAGUUCUGAAAUUAAAUAUAGCACAAACAUGCAUGAAAUAAAUUGUAUAUAAUAUGUAUUGCUGAAUACUAGGUAAUCCUAAAUCCCUGAACCACACCAAUCGCUAUUGGGUAACGUUUUAUUUUUUCAUCCUCUACAUUUUAGUACACUAUUUAAUACACAUUAAUGGCAUAAUUAUUUUUUAUGCGAUUACUUACAGAUAAAUUCAACAGGUUUCUCAUAUUUUAGUCAAAAAAUAAAAUGGUACUGUAAAAAUGUGGGAUUGAGGAGUGAGGACAUCUUUCAUAUGGUGAAAAUUCGAUGACUCUCGAGAUUAAAUAUUGGGACAAACCAUUGUUGUAUUAAAUUAGAAAAUUAAAAGUGAC